CGCGUCCCUAAGUUAGAGUCCACGGUUAAAAGGGGAAACCGGUGCGGAACGAACUCGGGUUUCCCUUCGCUCGCAUUAGGGACCGCGUACCUCGAAGGAAGUUACUUAAUUUCGUUUUAAAAAUAGGGAGAGAGUCACUGCCGUGUAAUGAACACCAGGACUAACACAUGUGCGUUGAGCGAUGACAUGUGGAAAUGUAAACUUCGCUAGAAGAACCAGCUGUAAUCGAUGUGGUCGGGAGAAAACAACCGAGGCCAAGAUGAUGAAAGCUGGGGGCACUGAAAUAGGGAAGACCCUGGCAGAAAAGAGCCGAGGCCUAUUUAGUGCCAAUGACUGGCAGUGUAAAACUUGCAGUAACGUGAAUUGGGCCAGAAGAUCAGAGUGUAACAUGUGUAACACUCCAAAGUAUGCUAAAUUAGAAGAAAGAACAGGAUAUGGUGGUGGUUUUAAUGAAAGAGAAAAUGUUGAAUAUAUAGAAAGAGAAGAAUCUGAUGGAGAAUAUGAUGAGUUUGGACGUAAAAAGAAAAAGUAUAGAGGGAAGGCAGUUGGUCCUGCAUCUAUAUUAAAGGAAGUUGAUGAUAAAGAAUCAGAGGGAGAAGAAGAGGAUGAGGAUGCAGAUCUUUCUAAAUAUAAAUUAGAUGAGGAUGAGGAUGAAGAUGAUGCUGACCUCUCAAAAUAUAAUCUUGAUGCCAGUGAAGAAGAAGAUAGUAAUAAAAAGAAAUCUAAUAGAAGAAGUCGAUCAAAGUCUCGAUCUUCACGCUCUUCAUCACGUUCAUCCUCCCCCUCAAGUUCAAGGUCUAGGUCCAGGUCCCGUUCAAGAAGUUCUUCCAGUUCGCAGUCAAGAUCUCGUUCCAGUUCCAGAGAACGUUCGAGAUCUCGUGGGUCGAAAUCAAGAUCCAGCUCCAGGUCCCACAGGGGCUCUUCUUCCCCACGAAAAAGAUCUUAUUCGAGUUCGUCAUCUUCUCCUGAGAGGAACAGAAAGAGAAGUCGUUCUAGAUCUUCUUCUCCUGGUGAUCGAAAAAAAAGACGAACAAGAUCACGGUCACCCGAAAGGCACCACAGGUCAUCUUCUGGAUCAUCCCAUUCUGGUUCCCGUUCAAGUUCAAAAAAGAAAUAAUGUAUUAAAAUUUACAUCCUAAAAAAACAUCCAGUACAGUGCAUGAAACAGUUUUUAAGAAGUUGAUGUCUUACUUGGUCAGAAGUGCUAAAUCUGCUAGUAGAGGUGCAUGCCUUUAUUGUUUUUCAGAAUAAUACAAUGUGUUUAUUUGUGAAAUUAAUAGUAAAUUGCAUUUUAAGCCAUAAUGCACCCAAAUAAAAGCUCUUUUUUUCAUUAUUUACAUUCAUUCCCCUAAAACCAUUUCAGCUUCAACAAGUACUCUGGAAAAAACGUGCUAUGUUGACCUAGAAAAGAACUUAAACUGUUUGUGUUUUGAGCCUGUGUCAGAGUGAUUCCUGCCAUAAAAAUUUAAACUAAAUUUUAAAGCAACCAACUGGAAAUUUCCCCUGUGCUGAGGGUGCCUUAGAAUCAUCGUCUUUCUUUUACAUAGUUUUAUACCAGUUUUGCGUCACCACAUUUAAUGCAGACAAAUCUUGUGGAUUGCAGAAAGCAUAAGGUGUUAUUCAUUUGCCUUCCUGACCCGUAAUUUGGGCAAGGAAAGAAACCCUUAAUAAUUUAUCAGUUUUCUGCUAAUAUGGUUGCUUGUAUUUCAUAAGGUUUGUCCUGAGUAAAAGUUUAAAAAGGUUUGUGCAGUGUCCUUUUAAAAAAAAAAAAAUCUCGUUACCAAAUACAAUGGGAUAGAAAAGGCUAAGUUGUACUUGAGGAACAAAUUGAAGAAAGGUUUUGAAGUGUAUUUCUUUUUUGGGGGAAGGGCCAACAGAGAUGUGUGAAUUGAAUGUUUACCUUGAGAUGUGUAACUUCAAACUGAAGUUAUUGACAUACUGAAGUUACUGACUAUACUAGUAUGUUCUCCUGAAUGGCAAUUGAAUGCUUGUUUCUGCAUGAUGAAAACAAGAGUCCUUUUUCAUUUUUACAUGAGAAAACUUAUGGCUUAAAAUGCUUUUCAAAGUUUUAUUUCUCAGUUAAAAUCUGGUCAGUUGAGCUCCCUUUUGUUUUCUGGUUUGAAAAUAAGGUUUCUCUUAACAGUAUCUUCAGUGACAAUGCAAGGUAAGUAUAUGAAGGGAAAUCAACAGUUGUGCUUGGGGUCUUUUUGUUAUGGGGUCCUGAUUUCUCUUGUUUUUUAACAUUAUCUACCACAGUUUAAAUAAAAACAAGGUGUUUAGUAGACAGAUCAAACACAAUUAUAUUUGUUUUUUACUUUAAAGUGUUUUCAGCUGAUAUAAAGAUGAAAUCAAAAUAUCUUAUGUAGAAAUAUUUUGAUAAUAUUUUUACAAUGAGCUUUCCCAUGUUUUUUAUGUCUUAAUUGUCCUUGCUACAUUUACUAGGUUGCACAAGAACUUUUACUCUUGUAAUUGUGCCUCAGACUUUUUGAAAGUCCGCCUUCUAAGUUGGCCAGAUGAUCAUCUAGAUUCUACAUGUUACCAUUGGUUUAUUCUUGUGCUUUCUGUAUUUAAAACUGUACUAAGCAAUUGCAAGAUUAUGAAUUUAGCUAAUAGGAGUUGACAGACAAUUCAGAUCAUUAUGAUUUCAUUUGGUUUAACUAAGCUGUACUAGUUCAUUUCAUAAGGAAAUGAUGCUGUAGAAAAAUGUAAAUAAAGUCUGUGAGUCAAGUAUCAAGUGGUGUUUGUUAGAAAUAAACUAGAGAUUUUUAAGCUGUGACCAAAUGUGCAUUUUUAACCUCGCUUCAGUUUUCCUUUGAACUGUUUAGUUUAUAACCUCUUUGUAUUUGCUUUUUAUGUAUGAAUGCUUGGUCUUAAACAUUCAAAAGCCGAGAUCACUGCACAACCUUGUUGGGUACUCAGAAUUUUCAGUUGUGACCUUGAUAGAUUCAAUUUCCACUGGAACUGUACACACCUCUUUCUUGUGAUGAAUAGAAUAUCCUAAGGGCUGGGGAUAUAGCUCAGUGGUACAAGUGCCUGCCCGGCAAAGUACAAGGUCAUAAGUUCAAUUCCCAGUACCCACAUUAAAAAAAAAAAAAGAAUAUCCUAGUUUGCUUCCUGAAUUACUCUUAAAUUAUCACUUUAUUAUGACAUCCAACAGCUAUCUAUUUAACUGCAGACUUUUCUUAAGUUUCCCUUUGGCAGCGUUUCUUCUGACCAAUAUUGGAUGGUAUCCAGUUACAAAUCCCCAAGUUAAGAAUAGGUCUAUAAACCUAAGACCAUCUUUGCACAAUGACCAAGAAAAUUAGGUUAAACUAUCAGGGAGUUAAGCACUUGUUCAGGGGACCUGCAGGCAAGCUAUUUGGGACUCACCUCAUGUUUGAUGAGAGAUUGCAGUGUUACCUCUAUGGAAAACAAAAUAAAAUCUUUAGGAAAAUAAGUAUGAGAUUGUUAAGCCAAUUCUUCAGAUAUUUUUAAUCUAAUAACUUGGUAAAGAAGCUGUAAUUUCAGUCAGUCAUUACAAGGUACACACCCUGGAAAAGUUGCAAAUACUGUAGAGAGGAGUUUCCAAAACACCUCCACCCAGGUUCCUCUGUUACCAUCUUAUGUUACUGUGUUUUCCAAAACCCAGAAGCCAGCGUUAGUAUACUAAUUCUGCUCUGGAUUUUACUUGAUUUUGUCAUUUUUCCCAUUAAUCUCUUCCAAGAUCCAGUCUGCAGUACCAUAUUGCGUGCAGUGUGUUGUUUUCCUAGUCUCUAUUUUCUGACUUUUUCAUUUUGCUUUUGGUGGCUUGGAGAAAUAAUGUCCACGUGUCCUGUAGAAUGUCCCUACUCCACUUCAGAUGUGACUGUACUUUGCUCAUUACCACACUUGGGGUGGUGGGUGUUCGGAAUGAACACAGAGAAGCGGCACCUGUCACAUCUGUGCGUGGCACAGAACAUCCACACCUGCGGAGAUGGUAACCGUCAUCUCAGUGCGGUAGGGUUUGCCUGAAUUACCACUGUAGUUAAUUUUUUUAUUUAAUUAAAGUUUUACUAAUUGCGCUCCACCCCUGUACAAUUGGGGGAAUUAAGCUCCACCUCUUAUUGGAAGUGGAUAUCUAUAGCUAUUCAGAAUUAUUCUUAAAAAAUCUCUUUCAGUCUAUGUCCAUAGGUGCUCGUUCUAUUUAUUUGUUGCUCAUUGUUCCAGCCUCGGCCAUUGAGGGUUCUUCCACAUUGUGUCCUGUGUCCUGUGAGACAUACCUCUGUUUUCCAAUAGAAACAAAACGAAUGAUGGAGCAAGUGAGGGGAGAAUUAUUGGAUAGCUGUCACAUAGGGAAAGGGAAUGACCUACAACAGUGGUGAUGCUGAGGAAGGUAGUUUUAAUCUUAAAUAGGAGCCUGGAUAUUUACAUCGGGAGUGAUGGGACAUUGGACUCAGAUUGAGAGUGAUCAGUAAACACUAUGUUGUUUCUUUCCAGCCACAUUGAAUUAACUGGGUGCUUGGUUAGAGUACAGGAUAUUGUAGCAUGUCGUCAACGUACAAAUUAAGAUGUGUGUAUGUGUGUUUGUGUUUCUAAAUGGUUAGCCAAAUAAAAGGUAUGGAAAUAAUACUUAUAAUACCUAGGUAAAUUAAUUGUUAAAGAUCUCAAUUUAGUGGAGGAAAGGUCUUUGGACUUUAGAGAUAAAGUCUGAAAAAUUAAAAUCAUCAGUCUUAAAGGACAAGUUUUUAGAUGAGUAAAGUGAGCUUAGCUUAAAACACUGAAGACAUCAUGUUUUCAGAGAUCCAGGAAGACUAUGUGGGGAGCCUUGGAGAAAAAGAAGAAACUUGUGAUAAUCCUGCCAGAAUUAAGCUGGAACACAUUGAACACUGAAAACAAUAAUUACUUGAAGUUGUUGGUAUUGAACCCAGAACUAAGGCAGUUUUGUACCUUCUUGACAAAUGUCUGUGCCCCGUUGUCAGGUCACCACAAAGGCUGAAUACCUCAAUCUGAAUGUAAUAGGUAAAGUUUGGUUUAGUGAAUGUGAUGCAGAAGUAAAGUUGGUUUUAAUCUGUUUCUCCCAUUGAACUGAAAGUACUUAAGUUUUAGUUUGUAGUGACUGACCCCGGGAAAGAUUGCUGCAUAAGGUAUCACGCCCAUUAAGUGGCAGGACCAUCUCCUAGGAACUUGAUGAGAUUCUAUAAGUGCUUGCACUAGUGUCUGGUACAUAAGUAUACAGCAGGCAUUGGCCAUCUUUACUCCCACCCCAUGUUUGUGGUUAGGUAUGUGUAUACAUGGUUUUUACAUAUGCAGAAGUUUUUCAUGAUGAUUAAUUUUUUACAGAGCACCGAAUGUAUGUAUCUGCCUCCUGUAUCAUUUUUAAAUGUCAAACCAGUCUACUAUCACAUUUUACACUGACAACAUCAGUACUUUGGGGAACCUUGAGAUUUUCCAUUUGCCUUUCACUUGAAACAAUCUCAUUUAUCUAGAACUGAUAAUACUUCCUAAUCUUCGGUGUCGGUGGGGAUAUUGCAUUUGCUUCCUAGAAUGUCCUGUGGUGUACAGGUUUCAAUAGUGCUUAGUUUGUUACAUUGAGCAUUGAGUCUUAGAUUCCAGAAUCUUCUGAACUAUUGAAAAAUUUGGUUUGUGUCAUUUCUUUGUGUACCACCUUUCAGUGCCAUCCAGAAUUAAACAAACCAUUUGCAUACGAUAAAAAGGUCAUGUUUUCUUUUCCAGGAUUCACACCUCCCCUGAAGUUAGGGUUCUUAGCGCGAUCUGAGGUUAGCCGUGUAAGUGAGAACACACUGCCGCCACCUCAGUACUGUCUCCUUCGAGCUUUGUGACUGUUGAGGACACAAGGAUGCCGUGCUUGCUGCCUCUGAGUUUCCCCAGAACUGGAGUGAAAUUCCUGAAAGGGGUGGGUUCUCUUGCCCUAAGGUCCCUUACCCUGACCAUAGGCUUUCAUUUUUAGCAAGCAUUCAGUAUUGGGUGAGCCAGCUAAUACCUAAUACUUUCCUUAAACAAUUUUUAUCAGUUUUCUCCAGUGCUAAUACAGAAUACAUGCUUGCUUACCAAGAAACGUGCUUUGGUUGCUAAAGCUUUUAUUUUGAAUUUAUACUUGUAAGAAGGACCACUAUACAAACCAGUGGGGUAGACUUAAGUUUAUCUUUGCCCUGUUAAUGCAUAAUAAGGCCAUUUGUUCACCGAGAAAACAUGCAAGUUACCAGUCCAUUUGCUCCGCAGUGUAAGAUAGACUCCUUAAAAGCUGCAUGCAACUUUUGCCGAGAGCUACACAUGAAACAUUUACUUAUGCACUUUGUUGGACCAUGAAGCAGUCCUGAAUGUCAAAAGCAUUUACAUCGCUGGCCACAGAGUUAACCUGGGAGUUGGUGACAAAACUGGGCAGUAAGAGUUCGAAAUCACCUCCUCGGGACAAAGAGAUAACGAACUUUGGCGUUUUUAAUGUGAAUAAGUGAUUAGGAAGCGCCAGUGGGGUUUAGCUAGAUGUGCCUUUGCGAGUCUGUAAAGGAAGAAACAGUAAGUCCCUUAAGUUUUUACUUCAUGAAUGCAGUAAAAUAAUAGAUAAUAUGCACAUUUGAAGAUGAGAGGUAAAAUAGGAGCAGGGGGCUUGAAGUCAACGUGUAUCCUGUCACACCAAACCCCGUUUCAGUAUAUUAGCUGUGAGGCUGUGGAAGCUGGUGUAAUCUGAGAACGCGACGAGGUAGAUGGAGUUCAUGCUGCUUUCCACUUGCCUCCCUUGGGUGAGCUUGCCAGUUUCACUGUAAGCAGUUUCUCUGUAGAGCCUUGUAUUCUCCAGCUUGAGGUGGAUGUGAGGACAAGAACUCUAGUGUUCAUAAGAGCACUGAAAGGAGCUGCACAGAUGUGUGAACACAUAGAGAGGCCUUAAGUCUUCAGACAGGCAGUGACUGCGGAAACCACACAUGCAAGAAGCUCUUGACAGCCUCAGAAAAAGCCACAUGGAAGACUCAAAUUGCUCGAAGCCAGGAGAAGGAAAUUUUAGAAGGCGGCCAAAGAGGAAAUUUCUGUAUAGAGGGAUAAUGACCCAACUUCUCAGAAGCAGUGCAAGGCCAAAAGGUGAUCCAGUAUCUUGUACUGAAAAAAAAAAUUGUUCUGGUACACAAAAUAUAUUUUGAAAAUAAUAGAUGAAAUAUGAGUAUUUAAAAAUUCCAUCUCAUAACAAAGGUACUUUUGGCAUAGCAAACCAUGGGAAUCUGCAUCUCCACAAAUCAUAGGAUGUGCAAACAGUAAAUACAAAAAGUAAUCAUUUAAAGAAAAUGUAUGCCCGGCAUGGUGGGCAUGCGUGUAAUCCCAGCAUUUGGGAGGCUGAAGCAGAAGGGUUGUGGGUUCGACACCAGCCCGGGCUGCAAAGUGAACUCAGGCCAACCUGAGCUGCACAGCGAGGACCUUGUCUCAAAAAAAAAAAAAAAAAAACUCCUAGGAGAAAAAAAAAAUGUGACGAGAUAUGUACAAGUAAAAUGUAAAAGGCAAAGAAAGGGUAAAAUGUCCUUUCAUAAGUUGUUACAGAAUACCCUGUUAUGCAAGGCAUACUGAUACUUAAGAUGCUGACAGGCCUAAAUCAACCUGAAAUUUGCUGACAGAUGAGCAAAUUACAGAGGCAUGGGCAAGUUAACCUGCAGACUAAGAAAGCAGGUAUGGGAAACUUAAAAACUCAACAAAGAACAAUUAGCUGCAUACAACAGGAUGGGCAGUAUUGGCACUUUGAAUACAGAUAAACAGCUGUCAGGUGGCGCAAACGGUAGUACACAGAAAAUGGAAUCAAGUCACUACAGUACGUAGCUACAAUAUCCAGUUUUGAAUAAGAAAUUACUAGGCAUUUCAGGAAACAAGGUGGGAGGAAAGUACAAAAUAAUUGAGUACACUCAGGUGUUUGAGUUAGCAAAGACUUCAAAGCCUUGGGGAAGGUAAUUACAGAUGUUCUUUAAUAUUUUUAGUGUAUGUUCUUCCUGCCAAAGAAGCGCUAUUCUUCCUUUAAUGAUGUACCCAUUUAGUGACUAUUCAGAUGUAAGACUGAGACACACUUAAAAUUUACUGUCUGCCACUCAUACAGCCCUUUGGUAUUUUUGUUUUUGGUUUUUUUGAUGCACUUCUGUACAUCAUCUUGAAAGCUUUAGUGUCUUUUGUGCAGUUCACGUUGUUUAUACACUACUACAAUUUUUGCUCUUUGUGCUAUGUGGUAUAGUACUGUAGUUUUUAUAUUACACAUUAGAGCAUUGCAAGAGUUAUGCAGAUAAAAGCAAAGUUAUCACGGAGUUGCCCUUGAGCAUUUUUUUCUGCAUAUUGUAUACCUGCUCUAUACACUUUCUCAUUUAGUGACCAUUUAACUUAAUGACCUAGUUGCAGGAACAGAACUCAUUAAAGGAAGAAUGCCUAUAGCCUGUUGUAUUUGGGGGACAUUCAUUAAGCAUGCUGUGCAAAUAAGCUGCAGUAAUGAAAAGAGUUGUCAUCAAAAUGUGUAUUUGCAUUAUGUCUGAUGGGGGAAAGAUGAGCUACCUGACGUUUCCAGAAAGUACAUAGUUUGCCUGUUUUUAACAGAAGGGAAGUGGUGUGCAGCACAGGCUAAUGAGACUCGUUGCUCACGUAAUACAGGCAGACCAGCUGUGCCAAAGGGCUAGAAAAAUUCAUCGGUGCACUCGGUACUGGCACGCUUCUUAGGGACUAUUUGUUUCCAACGGUUCAUCAGGUGAUGAUAAAGCUGAUUCAUUGGAAGGUAAAUUCUCAGAUACAGACUCUUUAGAAGUGAUGUUAACCUUUGAAACUGAUAAUGUAUCAUAUGUGUGCACAUUUUUCAAGGGUUGUAUAUACACUUCCAAACCACAGGAAACAAGCAACUACGUUGUGUGUUUAAUGUUUGUCUUACGUUUCAGGCUAGUCAGCUCCUUUACUACAUUAUAUGUAUUUCUAUCCUCCGAGGUACUUACUGCAGAGGUGGACAAAGCAGUGGCUCCUUUAAAGCCAGUUUCCUUCUCAAGGAUGUUUGGCAUUUCCGAUUACUUUUGCAGAGCCAAGGAGGUUCGUGGUUGUGUGCUAUUUUAUUAGUACCUUAGUCUCAUUGGUCUUCCAGUGACCUGCAGGAGCUCCUUCAUUAAUGAGCCAGGACUGCACAUUUGAAGAUGCGAAGACACCAGGAAAGGGCAUGCGAUGAUAUACGGGGAUAGAUGCUCUGUUGAUUUACUGAGGAUCAUACCUGGGUUGCAUCUGUUUUGCAGUCAUGAUUAUUGAGCACUUUCUAUAUCAUUGCUGUGUCAUAAGGUAUCCUGGAUUUUCUGAAUAAUUUUCAUCCCUACCUUUUCUGACAGGGAUCAGUAUUGCCUGAACCCACCUGAUGAUUUGUGAUGCCUGCUGUACUUUAUUUUAAUGAUUAUUGGAGAGCAUGUGUUCAUACAAAAAACAAAUGAUUUUCAUUGAAAUAGUUUGAUAAUAUGUCUAAUACAGACAUUGUUCAUGUAAUGACCUACCUGUGUAACAACUCUGGACUUCAAACCGAGGUGCACUGUUAGGACCUAGGACCCCUUGGAUUUACAACUUUUUUUGUUGUUGUUCUUGGUACAUUCUGUUCAUAGAGCCUCAGGAUGUGUUUUGUACAGUGCACAUUUAUACAGUACUACAGUUUUGGCUGAUCGUACUGUACAGUACUGUAGAUUUAUGUUCGGCUAUGUACUACAGUACUGCAUGGAAGAGUUAUACAAAUAAAAGUCAUUAAGUUGGA